CUCUCUCUCUCCCCCUCCAGAGGUGUACAUGGUACCGUCAGUGGUAAAGGAAGCAUCAGGUCUGUUCACCAUCACCAGCACCCUGAUGAUGCAGCCCCAGAAGGCUGACAAGGACAGCGUGUACCACUGCACCGUGGAGUACAGCAUGCCCAACGACAUGAUCAAACAGAUCGACUCUGACACCUUCUCCCUCACCCUCAACUAUCCCUCUGAGACAGCGACCUUUGUCCUGGUGAACAAUGAGCCAAUCAGAGAGGGUGACGAGGUGAAGAUGAUGUGUGAGACAGAUGGAAACCCUCAACCUGAGUUUGAUUUCUCCAUGGAUGGGAUAAACAUUAAGGAAGGAGUUGCAGGGGGACUUUUGACUCUGAAGUCCGUCAAGCGUUCGGAUGCUGGAGUGUACAAAUGUAUGGCCACCGAUUUUGAUAACCUGGAUGCUGAUCUUAAUGGAGAAGUCACCCUCUCUGUCCACUACAUUGACCCAAUGAGUGUGAGGCCUGCUGGUCCAUUGUCGACAAUGACGGGAGACAUGGUGGAGCUGCAGUGUAAGACCAAGGCCUCAGACUCACACACCGUCCAGUGGAAGAAGGGCUCCACGGUGCUGUCCCAGACUGGUGUCUUGUCUCUGAAGUCGGUGACAUUCGCUGAAGCUGGCGAGUACUCCUGUGUGGGUGCAGUGCCCUCUGUGCUUGGGCUCACCUCCAAGGCCAGCGUAAAUGUCACCGUCUCAGGUAAACCUGAGAUUGACGCAGCUGUUGAUGGAAUGGUGGAGAAGGAGGGAGACAUGGUGACUCUGUCCUGCUCUGCUCACGGACACCCUGCCCCACAGUUCACCUGGACACCCUCAGGAAAGGAAUCAGUGUCGGUGAAGGGUAACAAGGUGGUCAGUAUGGUCAUGCUGGAGGCCAGUGCUGCGGUCCUGAAGGACGGGGUCACCUGCGAGGCCAGUAACGACCACGGCGCAGGCUCCCAGACCUUCAAAGUCACCACCAAACAAGCCGUCGAUGCCAACGCAGCCAAUGAUACAGGCAGAGCUGAUAAGCAGCAGGGUGGCUCCAGUGGCGUGGUGAUAGCCGUGGUGGUGUGUGUCCUAAUGCUGCUGCUGCUGGUGGCACUCCUCUACUUCCUCAACAAGAAGGGCAAGCUGCCCUGCAGCAAGAAGGACAAUAAGGAAGUGGAAAGUGGGAAUGUGAAUAAUGACAUUGUGGUGGAGAUGAAGACAGAAAAAGCCAAUGAAGAAGCUGGCCUCCUGAACAAGCCAGCAGCACAGCAGUGAGGAACAGAGGAGAAUAUGACACAAGAAGACAGAAAGAGAGGGAUGAAGGGAUGGAUGAAAAACGACAGCAGGGCUUGUUUUACUUUUGAUAGAGGGAGCAAUCGGACUGAGGGAGAAAAUACGGUGGAAUGGGAUGGUGUUUUUGUAGGGAUGGGGGUAACCAUGG